CCAGAACUACCCAACAAUGAUUGUCGCCUGUCUGGUGGUUUGGGGGGCGCUGCUGACGUCCUCCGGGUCAGUUCCUGUUGUCAUGUCAACGUCCCGGUGCUACGACGUGCCAGUCAAGGCCGACUUUGACGUCCAGAAGUUCAUGGGCCUCUGGAAAGUGCAUGAGUUAUUCCCCACCGUGUACCUGGAGGGUGUGUCCUGCCCGACCAUGACCUUCACACAGAAGUCGGACAACUACGACAUCAUCGACGUGAUCAUCACGGGAAUAGUCGACGUCAUAUUCUUUGGUCGCAGCAUCUGGAGGUCAAAGGUCGAGUAUGAUGGCGUGGCCACCAUCAUCAACUCUACUCUACCUGCCCAGUGGUCAGUUACGUACGGCGGACAGCCAGAAUAUGACGCCAACAACGUCAAUUUCUACGUAGUCUCAACCGACUACCACACCUACGCCAUCGUUUACUCGUGUACACAGCCGUCACCAAUUCUGGAUAUAAAGAUAGAGACGGCCUAUAUCCUAGUACGAGACAUCCAGAACCCCCCAACAAUUCUGGGAUCUCUCAAGUACAGCCUCAGGUCAUGGGGGGUCAACACCACAAACUUUAUCCCCGCCAAUAACAAGCAUUGCUGAGACAAUAUGAUGUUUCCAUUGUUGAGAAAAUAUUUGAUGUUUCUGUUGUUUUUUUGUGUUGUGUCAUUUAGGCCAGAUUAUGAGUUUAAAAACAGUUUCAAAUCUGAAAAACGAAAUAACCAUUUUUGGUGAAAUAAAA